AGUUCAAUUCAAAGUUUCCAGCAAAAUCCUAAAAAAAAUUAGAUUGAAGUGACAGUGAAAGACAGGAAGACGAGAAUAGAGGAACACGAUUGAAGCAAAUAUAAAUGGCAGAGAAGGUCGACGUGAACGCCAAAUGGGACGCGUGUCUCGAUCUGACGGUUCGUCGUUUCGUUUACUCAUCCCUGGCCGGUGCUUUUAGCGGUCUCCUUUUCUUCAGGACUCCGGUGACUCGCUGGGCAUCUGUUGCUUUAGGUGCUGGUGUCGGCAUUGGCUCUGCUUACUCUGAUUGUAAUCGUAUUUUUAACGGAUCUCAUGCGGAAUUGACUGCUGCUCCCAUUCCUAACAUAUCAAAUGCUCCUGCUCAUGAGGUUGGCCACGAAUGAGCUGAUACUUAAAUUUAACGUGACGAGUGGAUUGAAAAUCAAGACUUGAUGAAAUUGGAAUUGUUGCUGGUUUUUGACAAUGUAGUUUAAACAUUGUUGAUGGAUAAAUAGUGAACUUGAUGUAUGGAAAGUCUUACAUGCUUUCUACUAUCUUUUAUAUGUAGUUUUACUGAGGUAAAUUUUUGUUUGGGAAAGGAAAUGAAAGAAAUAACCAUUUCAGCUGAUAGCUGUUUGGAAUCUCUA